AUGGCAAGUGGUGGUGCAACUUCAGCUCCAACAGUUUUUGGUGGAAAAAGUAAAAUAAUGGCUGUUAUUGGAGAUGAAGAUACAGUAACUGGUUUUCUACUUGGUGGCAUUGGUGAAUUACACGCUAAAACACGUAAACCAAAUUUCUUAAUUGUCGAUAAAAAUACGAAAGCAUCGGAUAUUGAUGACACGUUUAAAAGUUUUCUUAAUCGUGAUGAUAUUGGCAUUAUUCUUAUUAGUCAAUAUAUUGCUGAAAUGAUUCGUGGAACUGUUGAGGGUCAUGAUAAAAAUGUACCAGCAGUAUUAGAGAUUCCAAGUAAAGAACAUCCAUAUGAUCCUAGUAAAGAUUCAAUUUUGAGACGUGCACGUGGUAUGUUCAGCAUUGAAGAUUUUAAAUAA